UUCCUCGCUGUCUCACUCACACACACACACACAUAUUCCAAACGUCCAAAAUCCACACCACCGAUCAGGAGCGAAAGAUAUCGUUGCCAACAUGGUCGGCGCCGGAACCAACACCACCAUGGAAGCCCGGAAGCUGCGGGUGGUGCUCUACCCGUCGCCGGGCAUGGGGCAUCUGGUCUCCAUGAUCGAGCUCGGCAAGCACUUAGCCGCCCGUGCACUGACCGUCACGGUCGCCCUCAUCGAUUCCCCGCAUGACACCAGCGCCACGGGUCCCUUCCUCGCCGGCGUCUCCGCGGCCAACCCCUCCAUCUCUUUCCACCGUCUGCCACAGGUCGAGCUCCUCUGGUCUGAGCCGCCCGUGAUGCUGACCUUCGAGGUCGUUCGCCUCUCCAACACGCACCUCCAUGACUUUCUCGCCGGCGACUCCCCAGCCGUCAUCGUGCUGGACUUCUUCUGCAGUGCCGCUAUCGGCGUGGCCGAGGAGCUCGGCAUCCCCGCGUACUUCUUCUGCGCCUCUGGGGCCCAGAUCCUGGCUUUCUUCUUGCACCUCCCGGUUCUGCACGGUAAAAGCACCAGGAGCUUCGGGGAAGAGGGCGAUCGUCACGACGUCAUCGAUGACAGUAUGCGCAAAGAAAAAAUAAACGUCAUCGAUGACAAAUGGAAUCAGACUUGUCGCCUCAGCUAACGUUGUUGAGGGGCAAAGCACCUAGGGGCUCUGCAAGAAUGGAUAUAAGCAAAUCUCUGAUGAUCUGCUAAAGCUUAACUCUUUUUUUCUGUUGCAAGGUCGGGCGAUGGCGUCGUUUCCGCAUCGCUUCCAUCCAUAGGGCGUCGUCUUGAAGACUUGUUCCCCUUCACGCUUUCCCUGGGCUCGACGUGCACGUCAUUACAACUGGCUGGUGCCCAACCCGGUGAUGCGAGUUGUUGGCGUUACGACUUGUGUGGCGACGACGGUGGUGGCGUGCGAAGCUGGGCCGCGGCUGGUCCUCCUCAUGUCGGCGGUCUGAUGUGCCAAUGGGUGCGCCUUUGUCUGUUUCUCGCUGUGACAGAGAAGUCGGAGCUGCGCGUGGCGGGGCCCCUGCGGCAACGAUGACUCCAUGAGGCGGUUUCAGCGGACGGUGCUCUCCGGAGGUGCCUAUCGGUGCAAGGCUUGCAACUUUCUCAUGCAAAGCGCAUCAGCAAAAUCAGACUGCCAGUCCUCGACGUCUCGGCAGAUUGUUUGGCUGUGGCCAGCGAGGUCCCCGGGUGUUGCUCGUUCGGAGGGGUCUUGAUGGGUCGUCGGUGGCAAAGUCGGAGUCGCCUGCUCGGGGAGAGGUGAUGACGAUGACAUUCAGGCAACCUUGACGGUGUGUGUGGUCUUGUGGGUGCCAGGCCGGGCGGAAUGCCCUAUUCUUUGGGCGUGUUGUAAUGGUUUUCGUCCGGGUUUUCGUUCAUUAA